CAGCGCGACGAACGACGCGAGGACGGUCGCCACUUGGUCGCCACCCAAUACCAUUCUAUUUCCCCGCCAUUCUUUAGUCGCGCGCCGUACGCACUAUACUACGCUCACAGUUGCCGGACGAAAAUGUAUCACGCGUCUUUAGUGUGCUGAGGUUUCAAGUGUCUGUGUUCGUGUUUUGUAACAUUCAGUAUUUUUUAUACAUUUAAAAAGUUUUAAGAAAAAAAGGAUGAUGGCUCCCGAGACAGUGGUGACCGUCGACCAUAGCAAGCCUACCACCCAGCAGGCGUCGCCGCAGCAGCAGCAAAGCGGUGCGCUGGACUGGAUCAAAAUCGAUGUAGAAUAUUUCAAAUCGACGCCUGGUUUACUCAAAGUCAUUGAGUUGAUUCUCGGCAUAAUAUGUAUGUCCCUGGGAACACCGUUUGCGUCGUCGUGGUAUGUGUUUGUUGCUGUGACGGCCUUCAUCACGACCCUCAUGUGGAGCUUCGUGUACCUGCUCAGUGUUAGGGAUGCCCUCAAGAUACCAAUUAACUGGGUUUUGUCUGAAUUGAUCAGCACAGCUUUGGAGACGCUGUUCUACCUCAUCGCUUUCAUUGUGAUGUUCACAUCAAUUUAUGGAAGCUAUGGACGUAAUGUUGCAGCUGCUGUGUUCGGUAUCUUCAAUACACUGGCGUACGGCUACAGUUCGUUCUUAUUGUACCAAGAACACAGGAACGGCGCCACAGGCUUGGCGUGAAGCGCCAGGUCCCACCCACACCCCGCUGGGAAAUAACCUCCGAACAAUAUCGUUUUAAUUUAACUAUGUACUAUUAUUAUUGUAAAAAACAUAUUUCUACGAUGUACAGUAUGUCUGUGUUUUGAUGACGAUUUUAUUUUUUGACUAGUUUCGAUUAAAGCUACGCUAUCAUUAGAAAAUUAACGAAUAUAAAAAUUAUUGAAUAAAAUUAAAAUAUUUUUGAAAAUGCCAUAAUAAUUAAUAACCAUACCACCUUGGUAUGACAAUUUAAUAUAGCUACCUACUUUAUUUAUUGUUCUCGGUGUGUUCAUAUUUUGUGUGACUGUUAUUGUUUAUUUUUUAAUCUUAUUACAGAAAUAGCAUUAUUUGGUUAUGUUUGUGGUCAGUUACAGCGUUUUUUGUAUAGGCAACUGAUACCGUCCAAAUGGCGUUUGUUGUCACUUAGCAUAGUUUAUAAAGAGUUAAUUCUAUGAUAUCUAUAUAAAACCUUUCACUAAUGUUAAUUUUGCACGUUUAAAGCAUUGAUCAGUUAUUGUAAAUCGUUAAUGAUGCCUAGUCUAAUUAUUAUGACGAUUCUUUUACUUUCAAAAAUAUUUCUAAUUAUUUUACUCAUAAAAGAAAACAAAUGUACGAUGGAUUUUGAAAAAUACGAAUGGAAUUGUAGUUAUAUUAAAGAACUAAAAUGGAGUAAUCUCGUUUUAAUUCUACUUAGAUUAUACCAAAAUCUAAUAAUGUCACCAAUAUUGUAUUUAAUAGGUAUUUGUACGUAUCGUCUACGUUUAAGAAAAUAUUUUUUAUAAUAUUUAUAUAAUCGGAAUAACGGUUGAUUAUGUUGUUAAGUUCUGAAAUAUAACUUUAAUGAUUAUUAUCUAUUCAAAAAAUAAGUACCUAGUGUUAACAAGGGAAAUAUAACACAAUAGAUUAAUUUAACUAUAUUAAUUUGUAAAAUAAAAAUAAAUAAAUGGUAACAAUAA